AUGAAGCUCCAUUGGGCCUCGUGCCUCCUCCUGGGGCUGACCGCCUGCUCUGUGGAUGUCAAAGCGGAGUCUCAUAAGUCUCACAUCCCAUUUUCCACGGAUUCGAGUCACAUCGAGCCCGAGACCAAAGGGCCUAUCGACCCCGAGGCCUACCUCUGGCAGGCCCGGCCUCAUGGCGGCAAGCUGCUCCCCCGCAACCAGUUCACGACGCUCUGCUCUACUAUAGCCGCGGGCAGCAGGUGCGAGUAUGCCAACGACGGUCUCGCAGAAACCCACUGGGUCAGCGAGUCCCACCCUGUUCAUAAGCAGGACGACCUCACCCUGGACCUGCACACAGUGCGCAACGUGAACGGUAUCUCCAUCCGUCCUCUCAUGGGCGAGAAGGACCGCGGCCAGAUCGCCAAGCACGAGGUCUAUGUCAGCGAGGAUAAGUCCGCUUGGACGAAGGUUGCGUACGGCACCUGGGGUUGGAACAAGAGCCCCAAGCUGUCCGCAUUCGAAGCUAUCAAAGCCAGAUAUGUCAAGCUUGUGGCCUUAAGCGAGGCACCACCGCCCAAGAAUACUAGCCACAAGUAUUCCGAUGCCGUCACCAAGAUCGUCGACGUCAACGUCUACACCACCAACGCGGUACUCCCCCACGAGCCCUCCAAGGGCGUCUGGGGCCCGACCCUGGACCUGCCCAUCACGCCCGCGGCGGGCGCCCAUGGCUUUGGUAGUAACGGACACCACAAUAUAAUUCUCUGGUCGGCCUGGACCGAUGACCGCUUCUUUGCGUCGCCCGGGGGCAAGACCUUCACGGCCACAUGGGACCCGUACCUGCGGGAUAUUGUGCAGACCAACGUCACCAACACCUACCACGACAUGUUCUGCCCGGGUAUCUCGAUGGACAUUGAUGGCAACAUCGUCGUGUCCGGCGGUGCCGACUCGCAGAAGACUAGCAUCUACGACGGCUCGGACUGGAUCCCCGGCGGCGACAUGAACCUGCACCGCGGGUACCACGCGUCGACCACGCUGUCCGACGGCAAAAUCUUCACUAUCGGCGGCUCGUGGAGCGGCGGCUCCAACAUGCCCAAGGACGGCGAGGUCUAUGACCCGGCGACCAAGCGCUGGCGCAUCCUGUCCAACAUCAAGGCUGAUGUCAUUCACACGGGUGACGUCCCAUUGCGCAACGACAACCACGCCUGGCUGUUUGGCUGGAAGAAUGGCACCGUCUUCCAUGCCGGCCCGAGCAAGAUGAUGUUCUGGUUCGACACUCACGGUGACGGCAUCGCAAAGAGGGCCAGGCUCCGCCGCAACGACCAGGACUCGACCUCGGGGAAUGCCGUCAUGUUCGACGCCGUGCGCGGCAAGAUCUUGACCUUUGGCGGCCAGGCUCUCUACGACGGCUCGUUUGGCCACCGCAAUGCCCAUCUCAUUACCAUCAAGGAGCCCUUCGGGAAGGUGCGAGUUGAUGUGGCCGGCCUGAACGGCACCUCGGGCAUCACAGGCGCCGGCGGCAUGUACAACCAACGCGUUUACCACACGUCGGUCGUGCUCCCGGACGGCACGGUGUUCAUUACCGGUGGUGAGAUCUUCGGCGUGCCCUUCAACGAGGACGAGCGUGACGUCCAGUUGACGCCCGAGAUCUAUCACCCCGAGUGGGACAUUUUCCUGCCCCUGAAGCAGAACAACAUUAUCCGUGUCUACCACAGUCUGUCCAUCCUGUUACCAGACGCCACUGUGCUCAACGGUGGCAGCGGGCUCUGCGGCAACUGCACAGCCAACCAUUACGAUGCGCAGAUCUUCACGCCACCGUACUUGCUCCGCGAGGAUGGCACCCCGGCCGAGCGCCCAAGCACACCGGAGAUUGUCGGCAACUUCCACGUGCAGGUCGGGGCCAAGCUGGCCUUCCACGCGGAUGAAGAUAUCAGAAACGCCUCGUUGAUCCGCCUGGGAACAGUCUCGCAUACGGUCAACACCGACCAGCGCCGCAUUCCGCUGUCAUUCACCCGGUCAAAUGAGCCCGAAAAUGGCCGUGCUAUCUUCCAUGCAGACAUCCCGGAUGAUGCCGGCAUUGCGCUCCCUGGGUACUACAUGCUCUUUGUCCUGAACGACAAAGGCGUUCCAAGUCACGCGGCCACCGUCAAGGUCGAGUUGCCCACGACCUCGCACACCUCGACGGAGGCAGAGCACCUCGUCACUGGGGAGGAGGAGGAUGAGGAUGUUGCGGAUGUCGAAAAGCCGGAGGCCGACUGCGGCAUGAAUAUGGACGGGGAGGAGGCCCAAGGCAUGAUGAAUGCGCUGUUUGCGGCCACUCGCAAACUCUGGAGCUGGCCCAAGUCGGGGCUGGUGCAUCAGGCUUAG